GUCGCCGAAUUCUCUUGGAUCGGAAAGCACCCACACACGCACACACGCACGGAUAGACCGUCUCAUAGAUCUUGCAUACACGUUGUUCUGCAUUUUUUUCGUGUUUUUUUUUCUCUAGAAACCUCCCCUCACACCGACCUCUCCCAUGGCCUCCUACCCCUACACGACUGCCUUGCGGUCCACCACCCCGCCGCUGUACUACCAUCGACCCGAAAACACCGCCCCUGCCUACUACACCGUCCCUUCCCGGGAAGUGGAGGGCCUUCGCAUCCCCCUUCACGGUGAUGGUGCGAAGAGUGCUGGCCCUCCUCCUCCGACAGCUUCGAUGAUGGCCCACCCGCGGACCAGUGUGAGCCUCCACCCGUCGAUCGAUCGCAGCUCAGUGCAGCGACCGCCGCCGUCUGCUGCCGCGGUGGUGGUGCCGCCGUCGCCGCGCCUUUCCGGCUACGCGAUGCCCUCCGUGGUAAACCCGUACGCAGCCACCGGCUCGAGAGACGCGUCGUCCUACGCGCCCCAGUCGAGCGCGACCGCUGCCGGACGCUGGAGCUACCAGCUACCGCAGCAGCAGCCGCAGUACCCCACGGUGGACCCGCUGACGUCCCGCGCCGCCGUGAUCGACGCCGAGGAGGGCGCCGCGGCAACGGAGGAGGCGGCACUGCGGGCAAAGCUGGCGGAGCUGCAGAUGGCUCGCAAGCGGCAGGAGGACGAGCAGCUCUACCUCAGCCACGGCUGGGCCCAGAUGCUGGAGAACGAGGAGCGCUACUACACGGAGCCGUUGAUCGACCGGCGACCUGAUAUUGCGGCCCGAGAGCAGCAGUGUUCGAUGCUGCACGACCGCCUUGCGCAGGCGGAGGCGCAGGCCCAGCACGCACAGGCGCAGCUGCAGGCGACGGAGUACAUUCUGCGCGAUGUGGAGAAGUUCGAGCAGGAGCGGCAGCGCCUUCAGGACGGCUUUCAAAACAUUGAGCGUCGUCGGCGCGAGGGCGUGGCCAAGGCAGAGCGCUACUUCGACGUCGAGACGAAGCGGAUUGUGGAAGGCAACAAGGUGAUCCGAAAGCUGGAUGUGCAGCUGCGAGAGAUGACGCGCCGCGGUCCGCUGGCCCAGCUGCAGGGGCAGUCCCGCGGCUCCUCCGCCUCCCGCAUGGUCACCUUUGCGCCGGAGAAGAGCAUCGUGCUUGACCUCGGCCGUGAGGAAUCCGCAUCCUCAGCGGAGCCAGCGACGGAGGAGAGCAGCGGGGGUCUGACCAACAGCUACGCCAGCAUGCACAACUCCCUGUCCGCCAACACCGCUGCGGUGGGCUUUAUGGCUGCCGACGAGGAGGAUAUCGGCGGCACGAGCAUCGCUUUCUCCUUCAACGACGCAAAGGAGCCUUUGCUGUCGAAGCGCCGCAAGGUGGAAAUCGCAUCGAUGUAA